AUGACGAUCUUUAUCGAAAUUGUAUCAGUUUGUCGUUUGAAGGAAAUCGACUUGUCACCACAAAAGAACCCUCGUUUGACAUUGUCCACAAAAAACUCGAUGAAAAUGAGAGCAGCAGCAGCUGUGAAACAUCACAAAUCGUAUCGGUUACAAAUGAAACUCAUAUUACCCAACACGAAAAAAGAUAAUUAA